CCAGCAGCAGACCGGACUUUUGCCAGCGCAUACCUGCCAGAUGCCCCUCCCCUUCUCCCCCCCGCCCCCCCUCCCUCGCACUCCCCUGUCUCUCUCCCCUUGUCUCGCUCCACUCAUUCAUCCCUCGUUCUGCCAGUUACAAGGCAGAGAGUGUGGCUGAAGGACACGGCACUACGCUCAGAUUCGGUGGAUGGACUUGGAGAGCCUGAUCCGACAUCGGGUAGAUACCAUCACACCAUCAUCCCUUUCCUUCUUCCACUCUUUGAAUGUCACCUCCAUGUCUGGAAUGAUGGAUCGCUUCAUAUCUUUUCUCUCACUUCUCCCAGGAUGAAGUCCACACUGUGAUGCCAGAGGGGCAUGAAUGACUCUAAACGGGGGGUGUGGGGGGAAAAAGGGGCUACUGCCUUAUUUCGCCGAGCUUAUACCUCAGGUCUGCACUUCUUGAACUUGCGCUGUCAUUCUGUGGAGCCGUGACAGGAGGAAAUGCUCACUGGACUGUUGACGUUUGGGACAAUGUGGGCUUCUCAUCCACAGUACUGGUCUGAACCGACUCCAUUUUUGUCUGGAUUCCACAAUUUGGCAAAUGGUAGAACCAAACUUCCCUGUAGCUGAAGGGAAAAGGGGGUAGUGCCACGUUGGACUGGAACUAAUUUAUUUGGGUGAUAAAAAUAUGACCUAUCCAAAUAGAAGAAGACAAACAAAUCAAGGCUUUUUCCUGAUUUGAAUCUUCAAAUUCAGUAUUUGGGAGUUCACCCAAUCUUUUCUUUCCUCCAUCUUCAUCUUUUCCUGGUGUUCCAGCUCAUCAUCAGAAGACGUCCCCUAGCCCUGCUCCGUCGCCCUGGGUGAGCGGGCAGGGGGGUGGCCCACAGUACCCCCCGACAUCUGGGCGUCAGCAGGCCGGUGGCGGCUGGUGAGGAAGCGGCAGGGCCUGUGGUGGGAAGAUGGCCGCCCUUGCCAGCUCCCUCAUACGGCAGCGUCGGGAGGUCAAGGACCCCCAGACCAACCGGCAGAUUGCCAGCAAGAGGAAGCCGUGUCCGAAAAGCAACAAGUCACUCUGCCAGAAACAAAUCCUUAUUUUAAUAUCGAAGGUUCGAUUAUGCGGCAGUCGAGGGAGAAAAAUGGAAAAAAGACCGGAGCCGCAGCUGAAGGGCAUCGUCACGCGGCUCUACUGCCGACACGGCUUCUACCUCCAAAUGCUGCCAGACGGAACCAUGGAAGGCACAAAGGACGAAAGCAGCUCCUUCUUGCAGUUCAACUUGAUUCCUGUGGGCCUCAGGAUAGUGGCCAUCCAGAGUACUAAGGCGGGGCUCUACGUGGCCAUGAACAGCGAGGGCUACCUCUACACUUCGGAACACUUCACACCAGAAUGCAAGUUCAAAGAGAGUGUGUUUGAGAACUACUAUGUCACCUACUCGUCCAUCCUGUACAGACAGACACAGUCAGGUCGGGCCUGGUACAUCGGCAUCAACCGAGAUGGGCAGGUCAUGAAGGGGAACCGUGUCAAGAAGACAAAGGGAGCUGCACAUUUUCUACCUAAACUCAUUGAAGUGGCCAUGUAUAGGGAACCGUCCCUGCACGAAGUCGCUGAGCAGAGUCCACCCAGGAAGACGCCCAAGACAUCCAGCGACUCGCCUGUGCUCCAGAAUGGCAAGAAAGACACUGAAACCAAAACGAAAACCUCAUCUUCCUAGCGCUUACAGACAAACAAUGGAGGGACGAAGCCCCCGAAGGACACCUGAACAGAGUUGCCAGAUUAAGGAUCCCUUUGAGACUCUUUGGCUACUAUAACGGGUACAAGGCCUCAAAACAAUAAUUGCUGUCCACUUUAAUGUCCGAACCUUGGUGUGAAAAAAAAUUGGGAAGCAAUAACUUCAAAGAGAGGCAUCAUAAUAUGGAAGAGGUGAAUCCAGGGUUUCCCCUUAAUGUAUUUGAUCGUGUCGGUGCACCACGACAACAUAUUAGCCACAACACCUUAAAAAUUUGCAGUUUUACAUGAAAACUAAAUAAUAUAAUAUAAUGUGUUGCCGCGUCCAUAAGACACACUAAGUUUGAUACUCUUUUUAGAUUUUAUUGCCAAUUUUAUGCUAACAACGGGCCCAGUUCCAACAAGCAUUUUCUCCGCGCACACACAUCUGUCUCUGUACACACAACAACACUUUGACAUUCUCCACCAACACUGUGUGUUCACAAACCAUGGGAAAAAUUAACAUCAUAACACACUAACAUACACAUUAACACCAGCAGGUAUUUACAGUAUGAAUGGAGAUUUAUAUAGUCUUUUAGUUGCGCACUAUUGAUUAGUGAUGCACCGAAAAUCUGGCCGCCAAAAAACUACGUACUUUGGUCACCGGAACAGCUCUGCCAAACCCAAAUGUGAUGUCAUAAGCCAUAUGCAAAGGGUUGUCUGGAUCGGAGGAAGCAUGUCUGCAAUGUUGACAUACUUUAAUAUAUCCAAGAUAAACAGUGAUCUACCCAAUUUAAGAUGACAGUGGCGGCUUUUAAGGAGUGGAAGGUUCCACGCAGCGCAAAGCAAAUGUGACGUCAGACUCGCUGCAAUCCAAAAAGGUUCAUUAGGUCUUCAAAUAGUUAUUGAAUUUGUUAUUCUUAUAGCUAGACCUGUGUGUUUAUUUCCGUACCUGACGGUUUCGGCUAAAACUGUUGCCUUCCUUAGAGUUUGUAACGUGAUGAAGGCAACAGUUGUAGUCGAGAAGGUCAUGUACGGAAAUAAACAGACAUAUUUGGCUAUAAGAAUAACAAACUGCAGACUCACCGCAGUUCGCUUUUUGUCACGGACAAAGAGCGACAAGAUAAUUUCUAAACAUGAGUACAGUUUACAAUAACACCAGGAAUAAAUGCUAGAUUUGUUUUUGAUUUUAAUAUAAAAAAAAUAAUAAUAAAAAAAAAGGACUGAAAGGAUUGGCGAAAUCGCUACAACCAAUUACAUUGUACAAUUCAAAAAUCAUGCAAAACGAUAUUUAAGAAAAACAUAUUUUCAUAGAAUUAUUAACACAUUUUCAAUAUAUCUAUGUAUGUAUGUAUACAUUUUUUUGCCUUUUUAAAGACAAUGCAUCAUCGCAAAUAAUGUAAUGGCGUCAUACUGACCACGUCCAUACCCAGGCCCUUAACCACGCCCCCACCGUCACAGAUAUCUUGGCAAUCUAGGGGAAACCCCGGAAUCAGAUGCUUUCUUGUCAUAAUCAUUAACUAUAUUUCCCAGUUGGUCCAGCAGCCGAAUCUUCCUGGUGUUUCUCACGAGUGCAAUGGUAGAACAUGGUUUUGGUUUGACUGGUUCUACAGCCAUCUGCUUCAUCUAUGCAUGUCUGGAAGUUUUACCGUGGCCCUAUUUGUGUGUAUGUGCGUGCGUGUGUGUGUGCAUGUGCGUUCCAUUUACCACAAGUCUGAUUUGUUGAGUUUGUGAGAUGUACUCAAUUUUCUACUCAGUGUUAAUAGAGUUGAUUGGCAUCCGUCAACUCUUUAAUGAGAAGCGUAGAAAGCAUCCUCAGUACAUUGUGCAUUCAUACAAACGCACUUGAUACAGUAUAAAUGAUUUCCCUAACAAAUACACACAAGGCGGCGUAGUGAUGUGAAGCUUUAGACUGUUGAGGAAGAUUACAAUUAGCAGAUGAUAAAAUGGUAUACUUGUUAUAUUUUUGCUUGUAUGUUGAUGACAUGUUUGAAGCAAAAUUGCAUGACUGACACACAAAUCAUUGAGAUGAGAAACAAAUGUCUAAUUACUGACAUAUGAAAGACUACCCUAUAGAGAUCCCUUUACUUUAUUCCCCAAAUCAUGGAUACAUGUAAUGUUAGCAAUAUUUCCUCAGUGACUGCGCAAGAAAGGACGAAAUAUAAAGGCGUUUUACUUUGCAUUCAAUUAACCCAUUAAACAUUGCCAUUAUUGUUACAUUUGUUCCAUGCCAGUAAUUAUUAAAACAGUACUUUCACACCCCGCGGAAGCACUUAAAACCUUAAUUAAAUGGCUAAGUAGACCUUCAGGUUGCCAUGUUUGACCAGUCAUCCCCCAUGGAUCACUAAGUCCAUUAAAUGUUUGACUAUUCUUCACAAAGUAAUUACACAAAUGUUUAAUUAAACAGGGACGCUACAAGAACAGAAUUAAGACCGUCGUCAGAUACUGCUUGGAUUGCAGUGCGGAAGAUUUAACUGUGAUAUAAAAAGAAAAAAAAGAGAGAGAAAAUGUUCACAUAGCCAUAACUAUUUCAUUCUAACGGCUGGGACAUCUAUGUUGCAAUAUUUUCUUAUGAUUGUUGUUUUCAGCGCUAACUUUCUUUUAAUAAAGAGGCAAUAAGCUGUAAAGGGCAUAUAGCAGCUUGUUGUUUGUGACUCAGGAGGGAAUUUUAAGUCAAGAAAUAAGUAUAAGAAGUGUCAGUGUAAUGAUGUAUAAUGGAAAGCACGCAAUGAUUUUUGGAGUUUAAAGGGAUUGAGGUGGGAUGUGAUGGGCAGGGGGCUAAAGAAAAAACAGAAAACUUCCUUUUUGUUGGUUUUGAUGCAAAAACAAAAGGAAAAUAGCACAUCAGGUGUGUACCCUAUGUGUUUUUAAUGCUUUAAAUCAUAAGUGGGUGUCAUUUCUGUUUGGCUUCAGGCCUCCCCCUGCUGGUGUGGAGUGUCAGUGAUUUAGUCAAGGUGCAUUUGGAUUUGUCAUUGCUUUCAGGGGAUGCGAAAGAAGGUGGGAGAGCUGUAGCUAUUACGUUUGGAUAUAGAGGUUAAACGCCUCAGUCACUCCUUGCCAUGCUUGCUGAGCAGACUACAUCUAGGGUCAUCCUGGGCUGAGCGAGAGAGGCUUUCCAUCCUGUGGGAGUUCCACAUCUUGAAUGGUAACCUGGUUGGUGUGUACGUGUUUGUGUGUAAGUGUGUAGGACCAUAUACAGUAAAGUGCAUCUUUGGGUAUUGUGUGUGAGUUGGGGGAGAAUCAAUGACCACGAGUCCUUGGACAAAAAAAGCAAUAAACACUAUUAACAAGGUGCAGCCAUCACUAUGUCUGGGAUGGGGGGAGUGUGGAAUGGAGGAAGGAGAAGGCAUGUGCAGAUUAAUAUUGAUAUUGAAUAUGUGCAAGUGUUUACUUUUUUUUUUUACCCUUUGGUGUGUGAGUGUGUAUGGGCGCGCAUGCUUUACUUUGAGGUGGAGUCCCUUCGCCACAUCUGCAAUGCAGCAGAAAACACACCAAAAAAAGAGAAGGUAGUGGAGGGAGGGGCAACGCUGACAAAAGAGUGACGCUGUCCUCUGAGUUUUUUUUGUUCAUUAUUAGACUUUAAGCUCGCCACCAUACGUCAUUAUUAUUAUUAUUGUAACUACAUAUGGGACUGACAUGUACUGUGUUGCAUUAUGUCAGCACCGAUGUGGUUACACGAGUGACCUUUACACACACACACGCACAUACACACACACACACACACAUGCACACACACACACACACACACACACACACACACACACACACACACACACACACACACACACACACACACACACACACACAUUGCAGGGACUCCCAAGCAGAUACAGCACAAUAAGUCAUCUGUGUGUCAAUGCAGUCCAUUUUACAUUUUGUUUAGUUUAUGAAUGAUUGUCACUUUGUUGUUUCCUGUGUAUGUUGUUUUCAUUCAUUUGGAGUAUUUUGUUUGGCCCUCAAAGGUGGGAUGGAAAGAAAAAGAAAAGCAAUGACUGUCUUCCUCCUGAUCUGCUAGAAUCACCUGGCUGACCUCCUAAUCUUUUACCUCGUCACCUGAUUUUGACUGCACACCUCCUGUUACACACUUCAUACCAUUACUUGUAUGUGUCAUUCAUCGAUUCGUGACGGAUUAUUUUUGUUCUUUGUACUGCAUGGACACUUGUGACAAAAAGAGACUUCCAAGAGAUCAUUGUCUUCCAAAUGCAAAAAGAGCGCUUUAGUCUUCCAGCUAUCAAAGCUACAAUGACACUAUUUUUGUAUACAACCAAGCAAAAAAUAUAUAUACAUCUAAAUCUUUCUAUAGAAGUAUACCCAUGACAAUGUGGCGGGGGUGCAACAGCUCUAACUGAUAGCGGUCGAUUGGUAACCAAUGCUGGACACUGCCCCAACAAAAAGGUUGAGAAGAAAGACACAUUGUGCAGGAAUGGGGAGUGGGAAAUGGGGAUGGGGUGUAAAGUUACAAAAGCGGGAUGCCAAGCUUGCAUGCUUCACAUCAUUUACUGGACACAAAGAAACAGUAUUUGCCCUCUAUUUACUCUUUGAGCUCUUACCUGUAAACACCCCUUGCAUUUAUUUAUAUAAUAACUUACACAAAGUCAAGGGAGAAAUAUUAUUGGAUAUAAAUUAAUAAAACAAACUAAUAUAUUUGUAUGAUUG